AACUUGAUUGGAUGCUAAACUAAAGUCCAUUUGAUUGAGAUACUGUAGCGUACAUUCAUCAGCUAGGAUGAGAAAUGAGACCUUCAAGAUUUAUAAGAGAUGCACUGUGUGUUCUGACACCUUUCUAUCAUAACCAGCAUUAACUGUCACAGCAGUUUUUGCUACAGUAGCUCUUCUGUUGGAUCGGACCAGACGGGCUAGCCUUCACUCCCCACACAAAUCAGUGAACCUUGGGCGCCCAUGACCCUGUUACUGGUUCACCGGUUGUCCUUCCUUGAACCACUUUUGGUGUGUACUAACCACUGCAUAGCUGGAACACCCCACAAGACCUGCUGUUUUGGAGAUGCUCUAACCCAGUCGUCUAACCAUCACUAUUUGGCCAUUGUCAAAGUCGCUCAGAUCCUUAUGCUUGCCCAUUUUUCCUGCUUCCAACACAUCAACUUCGAGAUCUGACUGUUCACUUGCUAAUAAAUAUAUCCCACCCCUUGACAGGUGCCACUGUAACGUGAUAAUCAGUGUUAUUCACUUCACCUGUCAGUGGUUUUAAUGUUAUGGCUGAUUAGUGUAGUUAACUCAUUUCCAUAUCAAUUUAAAAACUUAAGUCAUUUGCUGAAAUGAAACAUAUUCUGAUAUUACAGACUUUCAAUUUAGAACUAAUUACCACGUAGACUGCCUGGUUUACAAUUCGCUUUUAAAUAAUAAAUAAAUUCAAAAUAAAACCUCAACACAAACACGCCGCACCAGACAUGAAGACUCUUCAGCCCGCUGUUGCGUGACGUCAUCACUCUGCGCCCACCAAAACAAAUGGAAACAUCGACGAGAAAAUGCACACUGUACACCUGGGGCGCUAACAGUUUUGGGCAGCUGGGGCUAAAGAAUGCUGAAGAUCAGGUGAAGCCGCAGCGUGCAGAGUAUGGAGAGGAAGCAAGAACAUUACGGGCCAUCACAGGCGGAGGUGGACAUUCAGCAUUCAUUACUGAGUCUGGGGAGCUGCUGGUAUGUGGACAGAAUCACAAAGGCCAGCUUGGACUUGGCCAUGUAUCAGAGGUCAUAACCUUUCAGCUUUGCCAGUUACCUGGUGCCAGGAGUGUUCAGCAAGUGUCAUGUGGCUGGGACUUCACCAUCAUUCUUACAGAUGACGGACAUGUCCUGGCAUGUGGCUCAAAUGCUUUUGGUCAGUUGGGCGUCUCGCCACAGGCACGAUACACGGCGCAGCCUCUGCUAAUCACGUCUUUAAGGGAACCUGUCAUCAGUGUAACAGCGGGUCUUAGACAUGCACUCGCAGUAACAGGUUCAGGUGGUGUGUAUCAGUGGGGUACAGGUCUGUUAAGUCGAGCGAAACGAGCACUGAAUCCUCAGCCUGUCCCGGCCCACCUCAGCUCCAAGGAGCCCUGCUUAGUCACAGGGCUGGACCAGGUACCUGCCAAGAGUGUGACUGCAGGCUCUGCGCACUGUGCCUGUUUGACAGUGUCCGGUGAUUUGUUCCUAUGGGGCAGUAAUAAACACGGCCAGCUGUGUAGAAAAGAGACCUUCCUACCUCUGCCUACAGCUUUAGACCGGUCCCUAUUAAAUGGAGAAAGCGUUUCAGCUAUACACAGUGGCUGGACACACCUAAUCGCCCAAACAGAGAGUGGGAGAGUCCUUACAUGGGGAAGAGCCAGUUAUGGACAGCUUGGGAGACAAGUGACCGUCAAUGACAGUACCGAAUCAAGUCUUCCUUCAGAGGUCAGGACACUUCAUGGAGCCACUCAGAUUGCAUGUGGCUCGGAGCACAACCUUGCCAUCGUCGGGAAUCGGGUCUUUUCCUGGGGUUGGAAUGAGCAUGGAAUGUGUGGCGAUGGUUCUCUUUGUGAUGUCAUCCGGCCGCAGCCAAUCCCUGAUCUCCAGAAAGCCAAAGCUCUCCUGAUUGGCUGUGGAGCAGGACAUUCCUUGGCACUUUGUUGUUUGAAGACCAGUGAGGAUACUGAAAGCUGAACAGUAUUUAGAAAGGUCUCCCUCUACCUCUCUCUCGUUCUCUCUGUCUCUCUCUACCUCUCUGUCUCUUGCGCUCUCUCCCCCCCCUCUCUCUUUCUCUUGCAUUCUCUCUCUCUCUAUCUCUCUCUCUACCUCUCUCUCCCUCCCCCCCCU